AUGGUAGCAUCACGGCUAAAAAGAACAAUUAAUCCACCAAAUAAUUAUACACCUGACAAUAGUUUCUAUUGUGUAUUUGAUAAUAGUGGUCAAGAUGCACUCUAUUCAGUUAUCCACGAAGAUGAAAUAAUUGGUAAACGUGGAAAAAAUAUUAUAAUAAUUAAAAAUAAUAAACGAUUUGAAAAAAUAGUUAUUGCAAAAGCACCAGCUACACAAACAAAACUUGUUAGACAAAGUGUAUUAAAAAGGGGAAAUGAAGAUGAUGAAACGGAGGAUGACUAUAAUAAAGAUAAUGAAUUAUUGAGUGGUACUUCAUAUUUUGCAUGUCAAGAUUCUUUACGAAAGACAAUCAAAACAAAAAGUCCAUUAUCAACAAGCCAAUCAUCAACUGUUGUGAAUGCUACUAUUGUCGCUGCUGGUGAUACUCUAGAUGAUCCUCGAUCAUCAAUGAAUUCAACAACAUCAAAUACCAGUAACAGUAAUAGUAGUGCUGCAUCAUAUACAACUACGUUACCAAAUGAAGUUGUUUCAACCAUUUCAAAUCAAAUUAAUAAUUUAGGAAAGCAGUUCUAUACUUUGGCACGUCAAACAAAAGAGCUUAUAAAAAGCAAGAAACACGAUUAUGAAGUUGAUACAAGUUCAACUUUCUUAAAAGAAAUUAAAUAUGAAAAUGAAAAUUUAUUAGAAGUGGGAGGUGCUAGUCCAGCUGAAUAUGGACGACGAGUUCUUCAAAUUCUAUUCAAUAAACAUCAAUUAGCUACUCAUUCAAUGCCUCAUAUUCAUCGUACAAAAUCACGUCAAAAUGACCUUCCACAAUUGGAUGAAGAAAAAUGA